AGUACGACCGUUGUCUACCGUUCAAUUUAUUCUACUUUGUUUAUUGAGACUAGAAAAAUGAGUGGGCGAGGCAAGACUGGUGGUAAAGCAAGAGCGAAAGCUAAGACCCGCUCUUCCAGAGCCGGUCUCCAGUUUCCGGUAGGUCGCGUUCACCGAUUGCUUCGUAAAGGAAACUAUGCUGAGCGUGUUGGUGCCGGUGCUCCAGUUUAUCUGGCCGCCGUGCUCGAAUACCUCACUGCUGAGAUCCUGGAGUUGGCUGGUAACGCUGCCCGAGACAACAAGAAAACCCGCAUCAUCCCCAGACAUCUGCAGCUGGCAGUGCGUAACGACGAAGAAUUGAACAAACUUCUGGGAGGCGUCACUAUCGCUCAGGGCGGGGUACUGCCCAACAUCCAAGCUGUGCUGCUCCCCAAGAAAACCGAAAAGGCUGUGAAGGCAAAGUAAUUUUUGCUUCACUCCCACUCAAACCAUUCAUUCAAAGGCUCUUUUAAGAGCCAC